CGGACGGCUGUGUGAGAAUGAACUACUAGCCAAUCCUGGCGCAGGAGGCGGGAGAUGUUAAAAUUCGGGUGGGCAAAAAACGGCGACCUAGACAAGGAUGACGACCAACACCAGGUACAAGAACCGGCCUGUAAAAGCAGAGGACGGGGAGGAGAAAGAAUAUGUGGGCUUUGCUACCCUCCCAAACCAGGUUCACAGGAAGUCUGUGAAGAAAGGAUUUGACUUCACUCUAAUGGUGGCCGGAGAGUCUGGUCUGGGAAAGUCUACGUUGGUGAAUAGCUUGUUCCUCACAGAUCUGCACAAGGAUAGGAAGCUGCUGAAUGCUGAAGAGCGGAUCCACCAGACAGUUGAGAUCACCAAGCACACAGUUGAUAUUGAGGAAAAAGGGGUGAAGCUAAAGCUGACCAUUGUGGACACUCCAGGUUUUGGUGAUGCUGUCAACAACACAGAAUGCUGGAAACCCAUCACAGACUACAUUGACCAGCAGUUUGAGCAGUACUUCCGGGAUGAAAGUGGCCUAAACAGAAAGAACAUCCAGGAUAACCGUGUCCACUGUUGCCUAUACUUUAUCCCCCCUUUUGGACAUGGGCUGCGGCCAGUGGAUGUGGAGUUCAUGAAGGCACUUCAGGACAAGGUUAAUGUGGUUCCCCUGAUCUCCAAGGCUGACUGUCUGACGCCAACAGAAAUCAGGAAAAUGAAGGACAGAGUGAGAGAAGAGAUUGAGAAGUUUGGAAUCAAAGUGUAUCAGUUCCCUGACUGUGACUCAGAUGAGGACGAGGAGUUCAAGCAGCAGGACCGAGAGCUGAAGGAGAGCACUCCAUUUGCUGUGAUUGGGAGUAAUACUGUGGUGGAGGCACGAGGCCAGCGGGUCAGAGGGAGACUCUACCCAUGGGGCAUUGUUGAAGUGGAGAAUCAGUCACACUGUGAUUUUGUCAAGCUGAGGAACAUGCUGAUCCGCACACACAUGCACGACCUGAAGGACAUUACAUGUGACGUUCACUACGAAAACUACAGGGCUCAGUGCAUUCAGCAAAUGACCAGCAAACUGACUCAGGACAAUCGUGUGGAGAGCCCCAUUCCCAUUCUACAGCUGUCCACUCCUGAUGUGGAGACAGAGAAACUGAUCAAAAUGAAGGAUGAGGAGUUGAGGAGAAUGCAGGAGAUGCUUCAGAAAAUGCAGCAGCAGAUGCAUGAACAAGACUUGUGAAGUGCAACAGUGCAAUACCCUGAAGCAAGUAGCUUAAUGUUUGUGGGAAACAAGUAGCAGCGUGAAGAAGUGGUGAAUUUAUCCUUGUCUGCAUUUUCCACAGACUCCUGAUCGAAAUGCCAGAGUUUGAAAGCAUUUACAGAUUUAGAACUUUAUAUACACAAUUGUACGCAUGGCUGAUGCAUUAAAAGUUAACAUUUCUGAGGAUAUACAUGGUUCUAAAACCAAAAGUAAGUUCUACAUCUGGAUAUUUAUUUUGAUUUUAUUCUUCUUUAGAUUGUUUUUUUGGUAAUUUUCACACUUGAUAUGAUAAGGUAUGUAACGACAGUUAAGUUUUGAGUGUAACACCGUCAGUGAAUGUUAGUUGUUUUAUCUCCCCUUUAACUUCUUCCAUGUUAUAUCAGAGUGGUUUUGGUGAAAGUUACAUAUCUAUUCGUUAUUUAUAGAUAUUUAUGUUGUUGAGUGAGUGAGGGAGAGAAUAGGGAGUAGCAGUGCAAGACAGGGUAUUUGUGUGUCUAUCUCUAAACAAUUUAUUAUAAUUCUUAGUAAUAGCUUUGUACCAGGAUUUUUGUGUUCCCAGAGUUUUGAGCACGUAUUAAGACAUUUUAAUUCCUUAACUACCAGUUUCAUCACACAUUGUUACUUAUUUACAUGUAAAAGUACACUUUAAUGUUUUACAUGUAUGUGUUCUGUUUUACUGCAGAUCCUGAUCCUGCCAAAUUUAAUGACUUAGAAGUAACCUCUAGUUUUUUUGUCUUUCUCUUUUAUAAGACGACAUUUUUGUCACACUUUGGGUAUUUUCCUCUGAUGAUAAAGCAGACUAAUAUUCUGUUUAAAAGUCUGGUUUAAUAUAACAACAUCUACCCUUUUGCACAAAACAUUAUAUUAUCACCCAUAAAUAAAAAUAACUACUUUUAUAUUGCCAACUACAAUAGUGAUAUCGGAGAUGUUUCAUCAUUACAGAAGCGCUGAUGUGUGGUGUGAGUGCGUUUGGCAUAGAUUUAGGUAAAAACACCUUAAGUCCUGUCUAAUUAUAAAGCUACCUUAAGUGUUCAGUAUUUUAGGUAUUUUAUCUGCAUGCCAAAGAACAGCUGUCAUGGUUUGAUGGUUUUUAUGAGAAAUAAAGGCCUUGUU